UAUACCAGUGAAGAUUAGUUAAUAUAUUUUUUUUUUAUAAAAAUGCUCCCUGGAAGACCGAAUCAUCUACCGGAUGUCUUCUUCCAAAAAGUUCACUUUUCAGAGCAAUUUCCAUCAGCGGCACCAGUUGAUCUUCAUGCAUUUGGCUAUUAUCGUGAUCUUACCGCAGAAAUUGUUGAUCCAGUAAUUGAAAAUGAAAUUGAGAAAUUCAUGAAAAAAUUCCGUGCCGAAGAAGAAAUGUUCAUAGAUCAGAAUUUACGUGAAAAUCCAAUAAUUUGGUACAAUCGGACUUCAUCAACUACAUCAUCUGUCAACGAGGAAAGUACUACAAAUCCAGAUCAAAUGUCAAAAUGUACGAAAUGUAAAAUGUACGGAAAAAUCAAGAAAGCUAAAUUUAAACUUCGUUAUAAAUUUAUGACAAUGAAAUUGGAACAAAAUGCAUCGACAUUGCAAAGUUUGAGGAAUUUCAUUGACAGUGCUGAGGGGAAAUUGAGAAGCAGGGGGAGAAGUGAAGAAUCCUUGAAAGAACUUCGUGAUGCUAUGGGCAUUGAUCGGACAAGAGUUGAAAAUCUUUCGGAGAUUAAUAGAAAGUUUUUCUUGGCAGCUGAAAGGGCUCCAGAAGAUUGAACACAAAUCUCUAAUAAUGACAUACUGAUUCCUG